AUGCAUGGAACAGGUGGUGGUCCAGCUUCCACCUUAAAACUGAGUGACCUAGAGCAAAGGGUACUCAGUAUAAUAGGCACUAGAGCAGCUACAGGAAUAGUUGAAAUUCCAGAGCUUGGCAUAGAGGAUGAUGUAGAGCCAGAAAUGAAUGAGAGCCCUUCAAUAUUUGAAAUACAUGAAGUUAUUCAACAACAGACUAGCUCCAGAGACUGGAAUCAACCAGGGACAUCCACUCAACCAUAUCGUUUUUCACCAUUGCUUGUGCCUAGUGAAGAGGCGGGCAGAGAGGACUUUGUUUCUGUUAAUAACCCUGGAGUUACCGUGGACACCAACGAAACCCACGUGACGAGCCGCACCAGUGUCGAAUCGGUGGUUACAGGGACUGCUAAUGCCAGGCCUCGCACGCAACAGAGUCCCACAGCUCUACCGCCUACGCCGCGUCGGCGGCGAAGACGUCUGAUUCAAGCGCAGUCUCCUCUCCACAGAAGGACUCGCACCCAGACACAGUCAGAUUUGGCCAGGCAAGCCUUUGUCAGAUCUGACUGUGAAUGGAGAUCAUUUCAGCAAGAAGUGGAGCAGGAAAAAAUCAGAUUAAGAGAAUUAGAAUUAAGUAAUCAACAGCGUUGUUUUAAUACGACGUUACUGCCAUCGUCUUCCAGCGCUGCAGAACCAAGCGCAGUAAAUCUUGUCGAUAAUGAUCUACAUUUCGCGUCAACUUCGAUGCCAAAUUCCAGUGUUACAGGCCAAGAGUUGUCGCCUCCGAUAGCUGACAAUAAUAUGAAUACUCAGACUCGUUUAGUUAACAACGCCAUAGCUUCAAGUACAAACUUACCUCCUACUGCUGAGUAUUCUUUGAAUAAUUCUAACCCUCGUAGUCCAAAGUUUGCUCCAUCCAAUCUAACUAAUGAAUCUAAAAAAGUAGGAAAACGUCGUUUGCGAGCGCUCAAAAAUUUUUUUUGUUUUUUUGACGAGGACGACGGUGACAAUUCAGAUGUCUGGACUCGAGAAAAUUAA